AUGCAGCAACUCAACUCAUCAAACAGCUCUCUCACCUCUCCCGUCUUAACUGAAAGCCUGAUUGCCAGUAGUGUGCUGGCAGUUUGCUUCAUACUGGGAGUUCCUGGGAACAUAGCAGUAAUGGUACGUCUUGCUGGAUGGCUGAAGGGAGGCAGCUUCACUCCGAGACUGAUGCUAAGCCUGGCCAUAUCAGACCUGCUCACUCUGCUUUUUCUGCCGAUUUGGAUUUGGGCUCUUCUGUAUGGCUGGGUUUUUGACUUGUUCCUGUGUAAGCUUCUGUCCUACUUGGUGUACUUAAGCCUCUACUGUAGCAUGUUGUGUGUGAUGUUGAUGAGUGUACAGCGAUACAUACAAGUGCUGCAUCCUCAGAAAUGGAGCAAGCUUGGCAGAAAAGGAAAGAAGAUCCUCUUGAGUGGGAUGUGGAUGUUAAGUGGAGUAUUAUCAUCCUAUUCUCUCAUACAGCGCACACUAAGCUUGGACAAAGAAGGACACCUUCAAUGCCGUCUACACUAUCAUAAUGAUGUUGAAAGAGUGGCUACUUUAAUCUGGGAGAUUAUGAUAUUUGUGUUUUCAUUCCCCACACUGACUUACUUCUACUUUCAGCUUUACCGGGGAGUUAAUAACUCAGCUUUCUUCAGCAGUAGCUUAAUGACAAAGCUGGUGACCAGAAUUGUGGCAUGUUUCUUUAUUUUUUGGGUCCCGUUUCAAAUCUCCAACAUUGUGCUCAUCAUUGCUGUGUUGCUUGGGAAUGAUAGCCUGUUAAAAUCUGCAGAAGAUGGGAGUAAUAUCACUGGAGCUCUGACUUUCAUUAAUAGUUGUGUGAACCCCUUUCUGUACGCCUUCUCUGCUCGGUCUCUACGUCAGCACACAAAUGAAGCAGAAAAUACUUAGUUCCUUCAUGAUGUAGACAUUUGAGAGAGUGUAUGGAUUUUCUCUGAGAGCCCGUGAUCUGUGUAUAAUUCUGCUUAUUAUUGCAGUCUGUUGUUAUUUUUUUUUUUUAUAUACAAUACUGUCUAUAAUUGUAAUCCAUAUUAGUAGUCUCCAGCACAAUUAGUGCUAGAAAUGAGCUGUAAGUUUUAUUGAGCAUCUUGCAGAACCAGCCACGGUUCUUCUGGAGACUUUGAUUGAGAAUUAUUUUUGCAGCAAAAUCCAGCAGGCUUCAUUGUGUUUUUUGUCUGAAAAGUGGUCUCUUAUGUAAUAUGCUGCUUUCUUUAAUGACAUACAAACGUUUUUUUCUGUAACAUUUAAUUUUGUGCCAGAAAACUAAUGUUUGGGAAUCUAAAAUGUUUUUUUUUUUUUUUUUUUGUACUGACUCGAUAAUGUAGAAGUCAUAAAAUAAAAAAAGGGUGCCUAAAACUUUAAAAGCAGGUAAUGUUAAUUUGCCAAUAACAAUGAGAAACAAUUGUUUCUUCAUUUCUUUGUUUCUUAUUUUCUUUUAUUCAUUCUUUCCUCCUUUCUAUUUUGCCUGUCUGAUUGGCGAUCAAUUUGUUCAUUUCAUUUUAAAUUCUCUGCAUUGUAUCACUAUAAGAGUUAAUGAUCUCUAACUCCACCAGAGUAUUCAGCGAACAGCUGGGACAAUAACUAGUUCACUAAUCACUAGUUAUUAUCAGAUGAGCCUAUUACUCUUACAUUACCUAAAUAAUAUGUAUAAAAGUGGUGGAUAGUGUAGAAAUUGAGAGAUGGGAUUUGUCCUGAAGUCUCAAGUCUUUUCUUCACCCAGUUUCUAGAAAUUGCACUGACUUAUGUAAAAGUACUGCUACUAUGGUAAUAAUUUGCUUAAAUAAUAGUAACAAUAGUCCUCAAGAAAAUUAAAAUCAAAGGCUAUUGAGGCUUUACUAACUUGCUAGGUUUGUUAGCUUGCUAGUUAGCUAGUGAAUUCUUACCUAUUUCUACCUGUAUACUUAGCUAUCUAGCAAGAAUGCCCAUAUCACAUUAUCCUGAGCCUUACCUAUUAUCUGUAGCAGAACAAAUUAUGUUGUGUUUAUUUGUGUUUUUCAGAACUGCUGAUCGCCAUCCUUUUUUUUUUUAGUUAAUUAAUUUUAUUAACCAAUAUUCUGUAUAGCAGCUUUAUACAACCCUGAUGGGCUGUGUAUGAGAGCAUGCCAUAUUAAAGGCAUUAAAAUUUACAUUGUGUUGGUUGAGAAUCUCCAGAAUCAUGCAUAAAUGUUACACCAUGCAGAGAAUUUCCACAAAAACUACACACUUUUCAACCACAUUUCAGUACAUAUCAGUUUACAUUAUAUACUGUAUAGUAGGGGUUACAUGAUUAAAUAAUCUGUUUCAUAUUACACUAUUUAAGAUGCACCCAUGUGGGUGAGCUGGCAGCUCAGCAGGAUCAUGGAUUCUGAACAUAGACUGUAAAAAAAGAUGAAUGAAGCACCUUCACUCUCUUCCAUUGUAGAAAAGUGAAGCUGCCAAUGCUGCAAUAUGGCGCUGACAUCUUGGAGCCUGAGUCUGCACAGUAGUGAACUCGGAGCCCGGGUCUGCGCAGUAGUGAGUGUGAAGUGGCACUGUGGUAUCAAGGUCCUGCCCACACUCCUGCGGAGUCAGUCGCAAUUCAAAUAACUAACUAAAAUCAAACUUAUUUAAAAAACUAACACUUGAACUUACAUCAGCGUGAUAAAAACUACCUAAAAUGACAGUAAUUUGAUU